UUUAAAUACAUUACUAACAAAAAGUAAUAAAUUUCUUAAAAUGAGAUCAAUUAAUAUGUUGUACAAGCAAAACCGUAAGCACAUCCACGUGUUAUGAAUUUCCUUCAACAUGCUAACAAGAAAAUCAAAUUCUUCGGAAACCAAUGAGACACACAACAGAGUGAUCCACCACAUUUUCUUAUAGCUCCGGUGGUCUCUAUCUAGCUGUCUUUGAUUUCUAAUCGAAAUGCAGAAAGAGUAUAAUGGCAAGCCUAGUGUCACACAGAUCUUGGUGGCCUCUUCCAUUGGGUUGAUGAUUGCUGCAGCAAUGCAUUAUCGCCUAAAAAAGUUUCGAGAUCGAAAGAUCAUUCCGCGUUUGAGAUUAUCAAAGUCGGGCCAAACUCCCAAACUUGAGAGAUUCUCUCAUUACGUAGCUAGACAAAUGGGGUUCAGAGAUAAAAGGAACUGUCCUAAUUUAUGUAAAUUGGCUUCUGAAUACAUAAGAAAAUCUGAUGGAUGUGAAGAUGAUAUCUAUGCUUUCUUUGAAAAUGAACAAAAUGCUGAUUCACUUUUUGUUAAGCUUGUGGAGGAGUUUGAGAGAUGUAUUCUUAGUUACUUUGCAUUCCAUUGGAGCCUUGGUGAUUUAUUGAUAAGUCAGGUCUUGAGCUCUGACACUGAGCCAAAAAAGAAGUUCAAACACAUAGUUAUGGCAGCAACUAGGGAUCAAAGGGUUGAAAGGGUAACAAAGAAUUUGAAGGUGGCUAGAGUUUUCAAUACAUUAGUAGAAGAGAUGAGAGCAAUGGGACUUGUAUCGAAUGAUGACAACCGAUGCACAGAGGUUAUGGCUCCGGUGGCUCACAGUGAUAGGAGUCCUGUCCUCCUUUUCAUGGGUGGUGGUAUGGGAGCAGGGAAGAGCACCGUCCUUAAAGACAUUCUCAAAGAGCCUUUUUGGGUAGGAGCAGCUAACAAUGCUGUUAUCAUUGAGGCAGAUGCAUUCAAAGAAUCAGAUGUUAUCUAUAGAGCCCUUAGCUCAAGAGGUCAUCAUGACAUGAUUCGAAUGGCUGAAUUGGUACACCAAUCGUCAACAGAUGCGGCCUCAUCGCUCCUGGUAACAGCAUUGAAUGAAGGGAGAGACGUGAUUAUGGAUGGAACAUUCUCUUGGGUACCAUUUGUUGUGCAAACAAUAACAAUGGCUAGGAAUGUUCACCGACGUCGUUACCGAAUGGGAGCUGGUUACAAAGUGAAUGGUGAUGGAACAACAACAGAGAGUUAUUGGGAAAGAAUUGAAAAUGAAGAACCUGAACAAAUUGGCGGCAAAAAGAGGAAACCAUAUAGAAUAGAGCUUGUUGGAGUAGUAUGUGAUGCUUACCUUGCUGUUAUUAGAGGCAUAAGGAGAGCUAUCAUGUGUAGAAGAGCAGUAAGAGUGAAGUCACAACUGAAAUCACACAAGAGAUUUGCAGAUGCAUUUAUGACUUAUUGCCAACUAGUAGAUAAUGCAAGGCUAUACAGCACAAAUGCUUUAGAAGGCCCACCCAAAUUGAUAGGAUGGAAAGAUAGAGACAAGACAUUGCUAGUUGAUCCAGAUGAAAUUGAUUGUUUAAAGAGAGUUGCUAGGUUGAAUGAAGAUGCUGAUUCUAUAUAUGAACUUUACAAGCACCCUAACCCAACAUGUGAAGCAGGAUCUAUAUGGAAAGACAUUGUGUUAUCUCCUUCAAGGUUGAACAUCCAACAGGAGCUCAAGUAUUCAAUUCAAAAGGUUGAGAGAUUUUCAUGCCAGAAUGCUCCCUUGACAUUGGAGCAGUGAUAUUGAAUAUUUUCAAACUUAGCACUUAAGAUUAGGUUCAUAAGAUGGAUAUCAUCCAUGAGCUUUCAUAGGUUUUUGAAACUUAAAACUAGAAUUUUUUUUUAUCAUUGUUGUGUUAAUGUGAUAAAUCUAAAUGUACAAAAAAACAUCAUAUAGUCAAACUCUUGAAAUUGAGCAACAAUCAUAGCAUUUGACCUAAAUGCAGCCCUUAAAUAGUGAGCUAGCUUCAUGGAUGUGAGACAACACUUCCUCUUAAA